AAAAAACAGCUGUCCGAGCUUCUAUUGGCUGCGUGCUCCUACAGUCCUGAUUGGUUGGCUGUUUCCUCAGCGCUAAUUGGUGGAAUCUUGGCCCGGCUUUCCUGGGAUUGGCUUCCCUGCGCAGCGUGAAGAAGAUGGCGGCUGCUCUGGUGCCUGCGUGCAGGUGGUCGCUGCGGCAGCUGCUUCCCUCACCCCAGGCUCUGACAGGAUGCCGGCAGCUCGCUUCCGACUCCGGGGGCAGCCUCACCGGCGCCGUACUGCAGGACAAGAUGCGGUCCCAGCAGAAGGAGGUCCCCGAAGUCCCGAAGGGUUCUCCUGAAUCUGAGGAGCAGCAGAAGGAAAACAAAGCAAAGGCCAAAAAGAUUAUCCUGAGGGUAGCCGGACUCGUCGGCGUGUUGAGUAGUGGAUAUAUGGUGUACACUUUUGGUAGCAGCUCUUUGGACGAACAGGGAAACAAGAUACCUGAUGAAUUUGACAAUGAUCCUCCCGUUGUACAGCAGAUGAGAAGAACAUACAAAUACUUUAAAGAUUAUCGGCAGAUGAUCAUAGAGCCCACAAGCCCCAAGCUUCUGCCAGACCCAUUGAAAGAGCCCUAUUACCAGCCUCCCUACACCUUAGUUCUUGAGCUGAAGAAUGUGCUGCUGCAUCCGGAGUGGUCGUUAGAAACAGGAUGGAGGUUCAAAAAGCGAGCCGGUAUUGACAACUUGUUUCAGCAACUAGCGCCUCUGUAUGAGAUUAUUAUAUUUACCUCUGAAACAGGCAUGACAGCAUUCCCGCUGAUCGACAGCAUUGACCCUCACGGUUUUGUAUCAUACCGGCUUUUCCGUGAUGCCACACGUUACUCAGAUGGACAUCAUGUUAAGGACAUCUCCUGCCUGAACAGAGAGCCCUCACGCAUAGUGAUUGUGGAUUGUAAUAGAGAAGCAUUUAAACUACAGCCUUACAAUGGCCUUGCCAUAAAGAAGUGGGAUGGCAACUCGGAAGACCGGGCACUAUACGACCUCACAGCAUUCCUGAAAACCAUUGCAACAACCGGCGUAGGUGACGUCCGCACAGUCCUGGAGAAUUACUCUCUGGAGGAAGACCCUUUAGAAACAUUUAAGCAGCGACAGAACCAGCUACAACAGGAAGAGCAGCAGCGGUUAGCUGAACUCUCCCAGCUCAGCAAGAGACAGACCAUGUCGCUGGGCUCCAUUGCCAGCCGCUUCUGGCCUCGUUCCAAACAGCAAUGACAUUGGCAUCCACCUACCCCCAUCCUUGACUUGGACUGAGAACUGUGCCCUGGCCCCACCAUCCCUGUGUACAUAGAGAGGGACUUGUGUUAUGAAGUGUGUGAAUAUAUGAAUAAAACCUUUUGUAGACAUA